UUCCAGACAACAGGAGAGAGAGAUAGAAGAGGCAGAGCGAGAAGCUUGAAGACUGCCGGAAGGCACGGACGACGGAGUGAACCGUGGUAGGAAUUGCUUGAUAGCAGGAUGAGCGAUGGAUAGAAAGACAUAUCAUCGGGGUUCAGUUAAAUAAAUCAACAGACUGCCAGUAUUAAUCAUGACCGGUGCCAGCGGAUUUGAACUCUUCUAUCAAGCAGAGAAAUACUUUGCCCGGGGCGACAUCGAUAGGACUUUCGAAUAUUAUCAGAAGUCUAUCAAGAAGAUUGUAAGGGAUGAAAAUAUCACCGCGCAGAUGCCUCUGCCCCCUGGUGUGGCCAUUCCAGACAAUACCAUGCCAACAGAGACUCUUGGCUCGGCAUGGCGAAAUUUCAUCGGUUUCUUCAAAGAUCCAGCAAUGAAGAAGAAUAAAGUAGACAACUCGCCUGAAGCGUAUAAGCUUUUGCAGAGCUACCGACCUAACUCAACAUACGAACAUACUCGAUUCCGCUCAGAGAAAGAAAAACUCUACCUUAAAGGAAUGCAAAUAACGGCAGGCCUUACGCUCGGGCUCCUGGCUUGGGACAGCAAGGACCGUCCUACAGCGAUGAAGAGGUAUCGCGAGGCUUUAGACUUAGCUGCUACCCACCCGCCUUAUGAAUACGAAGCCAAUGCCCGCGAACCUUUCGAACGAUUCGUCUCUAUCGACGUCAAAGCAGCGAGGAACAACCUCGCACUGCUGUUUGAGAAUGACAAGGAAAAUGCUCGGCUCCUUGAGAUGUUUGGGUUCGAGGGGAAGGACGGCAGAAAAGAGAUGCUAGGCAUUGGACAAGUGAGGUAUGAAGCAGACGGAAGCAUAACCUUUAAACGGAAUGUUGUCGUCGCAUCAGAUGUUUGUGCGACCUGUGGGAAGAGGGAUGUGAAAUUACAGAAAUGUGGUCGCUGUAAGAAGGCGUCUUAUUGCAAUCAAUUAUGCCAGAAAGCGGAUUGGAGAAUGCAUAAACCGUCGUGCAUUGCGGCGUGAUGCACAAUAUGUUUGUAGUCCUAUACCGAACCUUUAGUAUUUACCGCACCUGAAAUUCGUUAUCAUAAUUAACACAUUUCACCGACCGGAGAAUUUCCCGUCAUUCGAUGUACACUAAGUUGGUCUCGCAUUUUAUUCCCUAUC